UGCGACACGUGGCUUCUUCCCGUUGGAGCUGGCGUCGCGCUGACGUCAGCGUGCACUGGUUCAAAUUUUUUUUACCGUUGGCGCGUGCAUUGCGCUGACGUCACAACCCGCGGAUUUCGCCUCGGGCUAAACUGGCAUUUGGGCUGGCCCAAGUUGGUGGGACCCACUCCCAGCCCGGGAUUGGGCUCAUCGCUGGAACGAAAUUUUUUUUUUUUUCCCCCAGCUUUGGGCUCAGCUCUUGGUUGGACUUGCCCUUAUUGGCAGUAAAAUUUUGUUUAUUUAAAAAAAUUAAAAAUAAAAAUGAUUAUCCAGAAUCAUUCCCAAGGCUUCAAAAAUAAGAACUGAAACCAAAACAAGGCACUACCAAACUGCGGAUGGAAUCUCAUUCACGUGCGAAGAAAAAGCAAGGGAUAUAAAGCCAAAAAAAGACAAAUGAGAAAAAUGAGGGCCUCAGGUGAAAUAAAAAACAGAGAGACGAGGACUUGCCACAGACCACGGUCAUAACAGAGUAAACCGUAGGCAGCAAACCCCACCUCUCAUUGCGAUCGUGUCUGGUCAAGAAAGAAACCCUUCUCGUUCUCGGCCCAUAGGGUUUUCUCUUAUAGCCUCUUACACCACCACCAAGCGACAUGGGAAAUUACAAACACAAUCAUGGUAUUGGAUCUGAAAGGAUGUCUCCAGCAACAAAGCCUCAUGGAAGGGAUGAUUGGGAUAUAGAGUUUCAGAUUCACCGUAUGGAAGCAAAGGCAUACCAUGCUGUGUUGAGGGCUUUUAGUGCUCAAUCGAAUAAUCUAACUUGGGGACGAGAGGCACUUAUGACUGAGCUGCGGAAGGAACUUAAUAUUUCAGAUGAUGAACAUGGAGUUCUGCUCACGAAGAUUAAGUCAGACGAGGCGAUAAAAGUGAUAAGGGAAUGGCGGAAUGAUGCCCAUUGUGCUCAAGAGUAUGGUAAGGAUGCUCCUAGAUAUCCUUCUAAACUAGUGAGCAAUGCUCAACAGAGAGAAGUGGAGACUCAACAUCCUCCUGUUUCAAAGUCUCAGAAAUAUUCCUCAUGCAGUCAGCCUUGUGCAGAAGUUAUCCCUUCUGCUACUGCUGCACCAGAUGCCCAAAUCAAAGACAUUGGUAGAAUGAGAGUGAAACUUGGAAGAAACUUUGUGACUCAAGGAAACAGCCCUUUUUUGAACUUGAAGUACCAAGGAGAACUUAGCAAGGCUCAAGGGAGUGGUGACUUGGCAAUGCUCUCAUCUGGGAAUGGUAGACAGUCUAUGCAUAUAAUUGGUCGUAACCCUCAGGCACCAUAUGGUAGCAGAAGUACUGGACUGGUAAAAUCUCAAUUGAAGAUGGGCUUUCACCCAAUUGGCUCUGACAAUUUAAACAAAAGUUCUGAUUUGAUUAAGAUACGUGCUACAGACAAAGUCCUUUAUGAGGUUGAGAAGCUAUUGGAUUGUCAAGAAAGCCUAGUCCCACUUCAUGUUGAGAAGGCAAAGUUAAUCCUUAAAGAGCAUGAAAGAGCUAUCCUUGAAGCACUUGACAAACUGCCUGAUGUGUCAGACGUGGAUGAUUCUCCCAAGCAAAUCUGGCAUAAGUAUCCUCAUGAACAGCUUCCAGUAACGGGACGCAAAAUGUUGAUACGCAAUGACUUCUAUGGAUAGGCCAGUAGGUUGACAUACUGAGGGUUUCUGUUCUAUUGAAACACACAUGGUUAGGAUUUCCUUUCAUUGGCAUUCAAGAUGAUGAAGCUGCCAUUUAUUUUGACCUGGUAAUCUUGGAGAUUUGAAGUCAUGUAUAUGUAACUAUCUAUCAUACGGUCCAAGGCCAUCCCACGCCUAACUUUAGCUUCCCAUGGUGAUCACUAAGAAUAGAUGUUAGCUUUUGUUGCUUUA